AUGUGGGCAGCAGUACAAGGUGCUCGAGGAGAGGAAUUCAGCACUUUGGACAGCACCUAGCUACAGUACUCUCCUCUCCCCACUCUGCCUGGAAUCACAGCACUGCAUACUUGGAGGCUGUGCUUAAGGACUUGUGGUCUGCGCUGUGACCAUGUUACUAAGGUGCAGGAGGGAAAGGAAGGAAGGAGGGAUGCAGGGGAGGUCUUGCCUGCGGGGUUAUGCCUGACUUCCGUAUCUAGAUCAUCAAGUGGAAAUAGAAUAAAGCGUGAGCAAUGAGGUCAUAGGUCCCACCAGCUUCUAUAGUGUUCACUUGUCAUCGUUGUAAUUCUACAAUUAUUUAACGACCUUACUCUCUCUCCUGUCUCCUCUUCUCAGGUAGCCGGGAAGCUGCGUUCACGUACGCUAUCACGGCCGCCGGCGUAGCCCACGCCAUCACAGCGGCGUGUAGCCAGGGCAACCUUAGCCAGUGUGGCUGCGACCGGGAGAAGCAGGGUUACUAUAAUCAGGAGGAGGGCUGGAAGUGGGGAGGCUGCUCGGCGGACAUCAAGUAUGGCGUGGAGUUCUCCAGGAGGUUCGUGGACGCCCGCGAGAUCAAGAAGACCACGCGACGGCUGAUGAACCUCCACAACAAUGAGGCAGGGAGAAAGGUAAACACUAUAUAGAAUAAAUACAUCUUUAUCUUUUUAGAUUGGUGUGUGUGUGCGUUUGUUCGUUUGUGCAUGUUUGGUGUCUGUGCAUAUUCAUCCAUGUGUAAACACCCUAGGCCUGAGAAAGAGUGGAAAGCUACAGAGUGGUGGCGGGAACCCCUGAUUGGGUGACGUGCUGAUUGACAAGUCCCAGUAAGCCUCUCAGCAGCUUGUUUUGCUUCAGCUCAAUUACUGUUUGUUUUUUCUACAAUAAUGGGGUGUAUUUUUCUCUACGAGUGAUCUGGCACACUUCUCCUGGGCCAUGUUUGUUUGCUAUUAGUCAUCCCAGAACACAGAACAACAUGAACCAUAACAGAGGGAGGGAGGGAGGGUAGAGAGAGAGAGAGAGAGAGAGAGAGAGGCAGAGUGAACAACAGAGAGAAAAAUGAAGAGAGAGAGAGAUGUAGAAAGAAGGAGUGAUAGAGUGCGAGAAUGACAGAAAGAGAGAGAGAGAGAGAGAGAGAGAGAGAGAGAGAGAGAGAGAGAGAGAGAGAGAGAGAGAGAGAGAGAGAGAGAGAGAGAGACUGACAGAGAGCCUGACUGCCUGCCUGGGCUUUCUCUGGCAUUAUGGUGACAAAUGGAUCUAAUUAAUAAGUUCAGGGUUUUAUCGUGUGCUCGCUGCUCGCUGGGGAAGCGGAGCGCGGCCGGCCGCCAGCUGCCAGAUGGAGUUCUGCCAUGGCCCUUCAUCCAGCCCUUUCAUGGAAUUAUGAAGUGUAAAGUCAGGAACAGGAUAUUAUUGCAGUUCUCUCAGCCGUACCAAAAACACAGCACUGCCAUUUCACUGCACCCAUUCAGCAACAAUGGCUGAGUUAACGCAGGCAGACUGAUAUGAGGGUAUCGCAGUCAGGUGACCUGUCUGAGUUUGAGUUAGGCCUGGCAGAGGUUUGGUAUGGAUGAUGGGAUUCAAUCAAACACACUCUGUAGAAACUGGAGUUGUAGGGGGAAAAGUACUUUUUCAAGCGCAAUCUGUUGAUUAACGAGAUGAGGGAAACUCAAAAAUAUAUUUUUUUGUUUGAAUGGCUGCAUUUUCACAGCACAGGGAUAAUGCCCUUUUCUUCACAGUGUUUGGGGUUUGAUUGAUGAUGGCCCUAGACCUUUUAACGAAAUACUCUGGUGUCCAACAAGUUGAGAGUCUACUACUCUACCACUACAAAGAUCCCUCUGCAUCUAGAACAUUCAGACACAAACACUGUAGGCUCCAGUUCUGUAAAUCCCAAAUAAAUACAGACAAACCCAUGGAAUUAUUUAGUCUGUCUGUAUACUGGGAUCCAGUAUGUUUGACAAUACAUUUUUAGAGGAAAUCUGGUCAUAUCUGACUAAUUGGUAGCAGACAAGAGGUUUGAUGGAAACAGUGUAAAGUAAAUGUUUCCAACCAUUCAGUCAGUCUGUUUCACAUAGACAAUUGUGGUUUGUGCCGCCAUACAUUUUUGGAAAUCCUCAUUCUGAAUCACCAUGUGUGACGAGAUUGUUGGUUGACCCUCAAGUAUUUUACCUUCUCCCCACUCUUUCAAUCGAAUAUCUGCUAAUGAGGGAUUUCAAAUCACGUACAGUGUCAAUGUAAGAGUCUGGCGGCAUGUAUUAAUCGAUAACUCAGCAUACAUUGUGUAAGUGUCUGAUAGAAACAAUGACUACUGCUGGCAAGGCGUCGUGCCACAAAAAAAAAAACUGCUCUGGAAAAAUGCCCUGCCAACAAAACAGAACAUCUUAUACAAUAAAUACGUGCUUGGUUCCUACAAGUAGAAGCGCCCAAUUAGGUUGAAAGAGUCAUGUUAAGACUACUACAGAAGUGUUAAUGUAUUCCAUGUCCCAUACAAGAGCCACAGUCUCUUAUUUCUCAAUUACUUUAUCCACUCUAUUCUCUAGUGAAUACAGCAUGUACCGUAGUGGUAGAAUGCAGUAUUACAGUAGGUUAGUAGAAGCCUGUUGUAGAACAAGGAUUGUCUCAGUCCUGACACUAAACUGCCGUGGACACCACACAAUAUUUCCCAGAUGCCCUAGGAUUAGGCAUUUAAUAGGAGUUCUCUACUACACUGUGUGCCACAUGUUGGAGCUGAAGAUGAGCUUGGUGAGGGCGUGGCUAGUGCAUUUUGAAACGAUUCAGUUUCUAAGAGAUAUGUCUGCUAUCUGAACAUGUUUUGAUUCAAGAUAAGAGUCCUUGAAGUGUUGGUUUGGAUGAUCUGUUUUAUUGCGACAUCCAGUAUUUCAUGCAUUGAGCUUUUUCAUUUAAACACCAUGUUUCUUUACUUAAUAAACCAAACCAUGAUCCCAGCGUACACUCUGAUCCAAAUGCAAACAGUUAAUGGUCAACUGUCGAGGAUGUCUGCGCAACAUAUCUGUAACCCAUAAAAUAGCCGAAUGAUCCACAUUUAACUCAAGCGUAAUGGUGUAUGGUUAAAUGAGAUUAAUAUUUAUUUCCCCCUGCUAUUGAUGUGGUCUUCAGGAAGGUAGGGAUAAUUACAUGGUAGAAUAUCACCAGUAAAUGCAUUUUUCCUCGCUCUACGGUCCGUGAGGGGGUCUAAUCCGGGCCGCGGGUGGUUUGAGUUAAUGAAAUAUAUUUAAUAUAUAUAUAUAUAUAUAUAUAUAUAUAUAUAUAUAUAUAUAUAUAUAUAUAUAUUGUUUUGAAAAAGAAAAUUGGUUGUGUAAAACAAACUCAAUAUAUUUAAAAAUAACUAAAACCAACUCAGAUUUGUGUAGAAAUGAUAAUGGACCUACAUUCAUACAGUUUCUUGACUUGUGUCCAGGUCGCUAAUAAUCCCCUAAAUGAAAGCUAGACAGUCAGGGAGCAUUGAAAAUGUAAAAAACAAUAGAUAGAGGACAAUUUCUUGCAGAUUUUGACGGCGAGGAAAUAUAACACAUUUUCAGUGCGGCCCUCCAGACCUCGUUGAAGACCGAAUACGGCCCCCGGGGCAAAAUUUGUUUGACACCCCUGCUCUACGCUUAGCCAGGAUGCGAAUGUUUGACCCUCAGACGUAAGUGGAUGUUGCACAACGCACAGAACAAACAAUAAGUGUGAAUUUAGAUCAAACAAAACUCCCCAAUUCUAUAACACAAUAUUAACUCAAAUACUUCAUAACAAAUGUGUUUGGAAUUCCACAGAUCUGUCAUUGUGGACAUCCGUUUCCAUUUACAGGGACUCCUCCAAACAAAGAGUGCAUUCACCAACCAUCUGCUGAAAACUCUUGAUUAUUCAUUAAUAGACCCAAUAUUGAACUCAAAUAAAUAUGUCCUCUUCACUCAGAAUGUCUCUUGGUCUUUCUCUAAAGAAUGUAUAUGUAACAUUGAAGAGAAAACAAACUAGGAAAGCACUGGUGUGACCUGUGAAGCUGACGUUAUAUCAGAGAAAUACCAGCAUCCAUAGAAACAUGCCGUCCAAACAGUCCUCCAAAUACAACAUAGACAACAGUUGUCCUUAUCGCUCAUGCAACAGUCUGGUAUGUUCCCACACUUUUAUUUAAAUAAUAUUAAAUGAACUGUUAUAAGGAGAGAUGUUUAAACUUGAUGGUUUCAAGUAUGUCCUUUUUAAAAUGUCAAGGAAGACUUUAAAGCAUUUUGAUUCAUAAGUAUCAUUACAUUUUCUCAUACUUUAAAAAAUAAACAUCAUCAAUGUCACCAAGCCCCAUGGAAGAUUGUUGGACAGAAUCGUGUCACAUUUUAACCUUGCAUUAGACGACUGUGUUUGGGAGUUAUUGCCAAAUGCACUAAAAUAGUAUCUAUUUGUUGGCUCAAGAGAUAAUUAAUUGGGAGUUUUGAGAAAGGUGCGGUGGUUCAACAACAUUUGAGAACAGCUUGGUCUUUAAUUAUAGACUCUGAUCAUAAUAUGAUAUUAUCCCAAGGACCAUCUUUUCUCACUGACCUUCUGUUGACUGUUUUUCCAUUAUUCAUUUAGUAGAAGAGCUAGCUAGGAACCUCUUCACCCUUAGGGUUUCUCUUGGUUUCUGUUUCCACCCAAGUCAGGUCAUUCCUGUAUUUUAACGCUGGGACUGUCCCAGGAAUGCAAUGUAAUGUAAUGUCAUGUAAUGUAACGCCAUGUAACCUCUUACAACGCUCUCUUCCUGUGUGUCCAUGCAGGUCCUAGAGGAGCGGAUGAAGUUGGAGUGUAAGUGUCACGGCGUGUCAGGCUCCUGCACCACCAAGACCUGCUGGACGACCCUGCCCAAGUUCCGAGAGAUCGGCUACAUCCUGAAGGACAAGUACAACGAGGCGGUUCAUGUGGAGGUGGUCCGGGCUAGCCGACUACGCCAGCCCACCUUCCUCAAGGUGAAGAAGACACAGGGCUACCGCAAGCCCAUGGAGACCGACCUCGUCUACAUCGAGAGGUCACCCAACUACUGCGAGGAGGAUGCGGCCACGGGGAGCGUGGGCACCCAGGGGAGGCUGUGUAACCGCACCUCGCCCCACACGGAUGGCUGCGACCUUAUGUGCUGCGGCCGGGGCUACAACACGCACCAGUACACCAAAGUGUGGCAGUGCAACUGUAAGUUCCAGUGGUGCUGCUUUGUCAAGUGCAACACGUGCAGCGAGAGGACGGAGGUGUUUACCUGCAAAUAGAGGGGUGUGGCAUAACGGACCUACGGUACGGUACGAUGAUGGGGAGGGGCGUGACAGGACUAGCUGGAUGAGGAGGAAGACCCCCAGAGGAAAGAUAAAUGGACAUGUCUUGGAACAGGAACAAUGAAAGAUUUUACAAUAAAAAAGGAAUGGAAUUUUUCAUAUCAGCUCUUCAUGGCAUCGUUUUGCACAGCAGAAUCUAAAUUUGCUUUUUAAGAAAGUAAAGGCUAAAUAUCAAUAGGUAAUAAUACUACCCCAGAUCUUCGACUGACUGAGAAAAAAUAAUGUGUGCUCAUGUAGUUAUGCAUUCAAAGUGACUCUAAAAGUUGGGACUACAGGAAACAAAUGGUGCCUGGACGGGAACUGUGCAUUGCACUCUGGGAUUUGUAGUUCUUUAUUUCACGGAAUGGCUUUUAAAUGGAACAGAAAGAGACUGGAGAUGUCGUAGAAAAUUACAGUAACUUGAGGGAUGAGACUCUGGGAAAGAGUCAGCUAAAAGUCUUCUAGUGAGAACUCUUUGGAGUUUUCUUUUGUUUUUCCAUAGAGGGAGAGAACAGAGGUGAAUAUUUGAGCCCCCA